ACACCAGACCAACAAGUAGAAACAGAGUUUGUUUCUAUUAUUAAAGUACACUUUUUUUAGCGAAAGAUAUGUUCCAUUGGAAUUAAAUUUAAGCUUAAAACAAAUCAAUCAGUAUGGAGAACUACGAUAUAAUAUCAUUCGUAGGCGAAGGGUCUUUUGGUCGAGUGUUUAAGGCAAAGAAUAAAGAAACCGAUGUUGUAGUGGCCUUAAAAGUUAUACGCAAGAAAGGCCGCUCGUCAAAAGACUUGAAAAACUUAAGGCAAGAAUGUGAUAUACAACGUACUCUUGAACAUCCAAACAUUAUUCGUAUGAUUGAUAGCUUUGACACGGAAUCGGAGUUGGUGGUAGUGACAGAAUAUGCUGAGAAAGAACUUCACAGUAUAUUAGCUAAAGAAGGCUGUUUGAAUGAGGAACAAGUGAAGAAGAUUACCUGGGAUUUAGUGUCUGCACUGUAUUACUUACAUUCACACAGGGUUUUACAUCGGGACCUAAAGCCCCAGAAUGUAUUACUAGACAGCAGCGGCUGUGCCAAGCUCUGUGACUUUGGAUUGGCCAGAAUAAUGACCAACUCCACCCACAUUCUAACUUCCAUCAAGGGAACUCCAUUGUAUAUGGCACCUGAACUAAUUGAUGAGAAACCUUAUGAUCAUCAGGCAGAUCUCUGGUCCCUUGGGUGCAUAGUGUAUGAGCUGAUGGCCGGUCAGCCGCCAUUCUGCACCAUGUCCAUCCUGCAGCUGGUGAGGAUGAUUCGCCACAAGCCAGUGCAAUGGCCAAGCUUCAUCAGCAAGGAGGCCCGUUCUUUCCUCCAGGGACUGUUACACAAAGACCCCAUGAAAAGGAUGACCUGGCCAGAUAUACUGGCGCACCCAUUUGUAGCGGGCCACAUCCUCAUUCUGCCCGAAGACGUGCAAAGUGAAUCACCCUUCACACAACCAUUGAGUCACAGCCAACAGGAGGCAAAGCGCCUACAGCGGGAUAAGAUUAGCAGCAAUGCAAGGGCAAUGAAAUUGGAUAAUGAACCUUUAAAAGUAGUUAACCGGAGAGAGCAUGAUCUCCGUCACAUCCGUGGCGUAACUCAACCUACAGAGUGCGUGCCCAUGUCCGACGACGACAGCGUCCGCGCCACCAGCGCCUUCAGCGUCCGAGACAGCCUCAAAACCGACGACGAAGACCAGUCGCAACCCAUCACUAUCGCCAACGCAAAACUACUAAGACAUGAGUACAACGUCAUGAACAAUUCCAAUCUUGUCGUCUGUAAUUUAGAAAAUAAUAUGGCACAACUUAUGGCAACUAAUAAAAAACAAACUGAUGCAGCUGUCAAGAAAAUGGACAAAAUUCUUGAGGAGAAACAGACAGAAAAAUCUAACACAGAAGCCACAAACAAAAUUGAGAAGAGUGAAGCUAUUGAUGUGAAACAGAAGGCGAAAAGUGUAGAUACCGCAUCACACAGUUUAGAGAACCCGAAAAGUUCAACGAAAUGCAGCAGUGAGGUUAGUUCUGCUCUGAGUAAAAGCGUACCGCCGUCUUAUAAGCAAAAGUUGCUGCAGUUUUCCAGAGAUAAACUAAGAUUUGCCAGUGGCGGAAAUAGAUUAACAAGAAGCAUCAAGCGAUCAUUUCAUUUUAGUAGGAGUUGGGAUAAGAAUAAGUCGGAAAAUCAGAGGCGUACUAGUGAACCAGCCAUUGAAAUCCCAAGUAUUGUUGACGUGGAUCAAGAAAAAUGCUUGAAGGAGACCAAGGAUGAAGAUAUUGAAAAGAUAGAAUUGAUUGAAGAAGUUUCAGAUAAAGAAGUAGCAAAUAAUGAUGAAAUUGUCAUACCGGAAGAAAAACACGAAGUCAAGGAGCCAUCCGCCAUUGAGCUGGAAGAAUGGGAAGCAUUCCUGAAUUCCAAUAUAAGUGAAGUGAUGGAUGGCGACGUUGAAUCUCUCACGCAGCUGAACAUGGUGAGCAUGGUGGUGGGCGUAGUGGGCAGCUCGGGUCGCGGAGCCCGCGGCGGGCGCGUGUGCGGCGCCGUGGCCGCGCUGCUGGCGCUCCCGGCCGUGUCACCCGCGCUGCCCCGGCACACGCUGCUCCACAUACAGGAUGUGUAUCUAGAAGCCAAAGUGGUGUACGAGUUCAUUGCAGCUGUUAAUUCGUUGAUGAAGGACUGCAAGAACGAUGACGACAUGGAAGACAGAUUGACGGGCACGGGCCGGAUGCUGGAGGUGUGCGCGUGGCUAUGCGCACGCUCGUGCCGCGCCGUGCGGCAGCUCGCGGCGGCCACGACUGCGCACCGCGCCCAUACUGUGUUCACACGACUGUUGACCUUGUAUUCAAAAGCACCUCGUAUAGUUCUCAACAUCGUCGGUCUCCUCAUCACCAUACUCCAAGACCUGCCCGAGCACGCAGACGUCGUCGAGAAGAUUCUAUUCGACGACAAAACCUUCAAUUUCAUGUGUCUAUUGGAACAGCCCAGCGACGCCCUGAGAAUGCGAGUCUGCAUACUUAUAAGUCUAUUAUGUACAUUUUCUUGUACCGCAUUCUCGGUUGCUAUGGAGACGAAGUGGAGCAAAGAGGAGAGUGACUGUUUGGAGGCGUUGCAUACGCAUUGCAAUGUGACGCUGAACAGGGCAGCCAGGUUAGCUACUAAGGAGCUCAGUAAUAUGCCAUUUUACAACUAAGAAGUUUAUAUUCAGUACCAAUCCGUCCAUUUUUUUAUACUUAAGAGGAAAAUGCGGCUGCUUAAAACUUAUUUAAACGGUAAUCAUUUAAAGACCAGGAAACUGUAAUAUUCACCAAUGUUACAAUGAGGCAAUAUUAUUUUAGUCACCAGGACAGUGAUGGGCAUUUUCAGAGUAGCUAUUUAAAUAGUGAUUAGAGUAAAAUAAUUAAUAACAUCAACAUUAUCGACAAUAUUAGUUUGUUGAAGGAAUGCCGACUGACAACCAUUAAAACCAAAAAUGGGCUCUGCUAUCGAUUGUACUUUAUAAAGUAAUGAUGACAUUGCGCCAUAAAACAUUAUCCUUAUACUGCUCCAAUUGCCUAUUAAUAUAUCACGUUUCACACUGUCAACUGACAAUUCAUGAAAGCAAAGAUAUAAGGUCCAUAAUACCAGCGGUGGUUAGUUGAGCGUAGAAGGUAUUAACAACCUUCUCCGCAUCAAUGAAAUCUAAGUUAUUUUAAAUUAGACCUGAGUUUAUUUAUUUAUUCUUUGUGCAAUAUUAAAACGAAUAAAACUCACUGCUUUACUCGAAUGAGGGCCGAUUGAAGGACGCUCUUAACUAAAAUAUCAAAGCGCCUACAAAAACAGUCAAUGCAAAAGCCGCUUCCUACGCGCAGUACUAAUAUUAUGUGCGAAAGCUCCGAAUGCCUUGACAACAGUGGUAUUGAAAUGGAGCUUUUUCAUUAUAAGUAUUUAACUCUUAGGUCAAUUGCAAAAAAAAAAAAAUUCGUAGUUAAGCGCAUUAACUUAAGACUAAUUACAGGUCCUUAACCUGUAAUUAGUCUUAAGUUAAUUGUUUCCAUUGUGUUACGUCAAUUAACUUUGUCAAAUUGUAUUGUAUUUAAUGUUCUUAAUUCAUACACACAAAAGUGUAUAGUAUGCGCCAACACUAUUUCAUACAUGUAGCAUAAAUAGAAACUGUUUAAUUGUCGUCACAUAAUGGAAUCAAUUACAGGUCCUUUUCCAAUUUUUUACAAGUGGUUCUUAAUUUUAUUCAUGGCAUUUAAUGCUAAAAAACGUGUGAACAUAGUGGAACUUAAAAUUUAUAACGAUGAAUCUCUUUUAUUACAAGACUGAAAUAUUUUUGCUUACAUACUUUUUGAAUUUUGCUAAUAAUGACCAAUUUUUAUUAAUUAAAUACAUGUAUUUUCUUUACAUUCACGAUUUUAAUACCUUAGGCGUAAGAACCAUCCCAACUAAACGAACAACAGUGCCACAACAAGAUUAUAUAACUUUAAAUUCCGGACACCUGGCACAUUUUUUGACAUACUCCCCAAUAAUCUAUUUAAAAAAAACUACUUAUUGCUUUUGGGUCUCAAGAGCAAUAAGUGGUGGAGUGGUGGAGAGUGGAGUGGGUGGAUGAAAUUCUGUCCUUAAAAAAACAGUUUUACUUAAAUCAGUAAGA